AUGACGAGACCUGCAUUUGAACAUCUCCCUUUGCGUAAAGGCGACCCGCCCUUCUCCGCCUGGUCCCUGUACGGGCCGGACGACCAGUUGGGCACAUUGAACAUAUUGACGCCAGACGUGGUGACGGCCGCGGCUAAAGAGAUCACCACGGGUGUACGCAUAGGUCUCGAUGCCCCCGUGGACUAUCUUGCCCGGCCUCCGCACGACAGGAAACCCUUGACACACACCGUCAUCCACAAGGCUCCUCGAGCUGUGCACGACGACUUGCUCGACUUCAAUACUCAGAUAUCGAGCCAGUGGGAUGGAUUCCGCCAUUUCGGGUAUCAAAGCCUGGGGCUGUUUUACAAUGGCGCCAAAGUGUCGCAGUUGUCGGGGCCUGAAGCGACGGCAAAUCUAGGAAUGCACGCAUGGUGUGCCCAGGGCAUCGUCGGCCGCGGCGUCCUCCUAGACUACCUCCACUGGUCCGACUCCCAGGGUCAAACGUACGACAAACUCGGCGACCACGCCAUCACGGUCGAAGAACUCAACGCCGUGGCAGAGUCACAGGGGGUCACCUUCAAAAAGGGCGACAUUCUGCUCAUCCGCACAGGGUUCCACGCGGGCUACGAGACCUUGAGUGCCGAAGAGAAAAUCAGCUGGAGUCAUCAACACCCGACAAGCCACGUCGGGGUCGAGACGUCGAGGAGCAUGGCGAAAUGGCUCUGGGAUUCCCAAUUCAGCGCCUGUACCUCGGACGCCCCGGCCUUUGAAGCCAUUCCGAAGCGGUCCACGGGGAUUGACGAUUUGUUCCUGCACGAGAUUCUUUUGAGUGGUUGGGGGAUGCCAAUUGGUGAAAUGUGGAAUCUGGAACAGCUCAGCCGCCACUGCCACCAGACGAAACGAUACACGUUCUUCCUGACCAGUAUGCCCCUGCACGUCGUCGGUGCGGUCGGUAGCCCCUCUAACGCAGUGGCCAUUUUUUGA